GCGCGCGCCGGGUUGCAUCACCCGCCUAGCACUGGGGAGGGGUGGGGUAUGAUGGCUGCCCUCAGUAUUGCCUGCACAAAUAUCUACCAGCGCUGCAACUAAUAGCUCCCGCAACUUUGCACCAUGUUUUCCAGUAAGCCUACCGACAGGCACUGUGCAGAUUCAAGCAGAGAGACGUCCAAGCAGUGAGGCCGCUGUUGCACUGGCCACCCUAAGCCCCUAGUCGGCCUUUCCGCCCCGGCUUCCUAGGACCCCUAGUGCCCUGCACUAGGACCCCUGCAGCCGAUCAGGCGGCAGCCUGGGCGAUUUUUUUCCUCUUUUGGCAAGAUGGCGGGAGGAGAAGCCGGAGUGACUUUGGGGCAGCCGCAUCUUUCGCGCCAGGAUCUCACCACCUUGGAUGUUACCAAGUUGACGCCACUUUCACACGAAGUUAUCAGCAGACAAGCCACAAUUAAUAUAGGUACAAUUGGUCAUGUAGCUCAUGGGAAAUCCACAGUUGUCAAAGCUAUUUCUGGAGUUCACACGGUCAGGUUCAAAAAUGAACUAGAAAGAAAUAUUACAAUCAAGCUUGGAUACGCUAAUGCUAAGAUUUAUAAACUUGAUGACCCAAGUUGUCCUCGGCCAGAAUGUUAUAGAUCUUGUGGGAGCAGUACACCUGAUGAGUUUCCUACAGACAUUCCAGGGACCAAAGGGAACUUCAAAUUAGUCAGACAUGUUUCCUUUGUUGACUGUCCUGGCCACGAUAUUUUGAUGGCUACUAUGCUGAAUGGUGCAGCAGUGAUGGAUGCAGCUCUUCUGUUGAUAGCUGGUAAUGAAUCUUGCCCUCAGCCUCAGACAUCUGAACACCUAGCUGCUAUAGAAAUCAUGAAACUGAAGCAUAUUUUGAUUCUACAAAAUAAAAUUGAUUUGGUAAAAGAAAGUCAGGCUAAAGAACAGUAUGAGCAGAUCCUUGCUUUUGUCCAAGGUACAGUAGCAGAGGGAGCUCCCAUUGUUCCAAUUUCGGCUCAGCUGAAAUACAAUAUUGAAGUUGUUUGUGAGUACAUAGUAAAGAAAAUUCCAGUACCCCCAAGAGACUUUACUUCAGAGCCCCGCCUUAUUGUUAUUAGAUCUUUUGAUGUCAACAAACCUGGCUGUGAAGUUGAUGACCUUAAGGGGGGUGUAGCUGGUGGUAGUAUCCUAAAAGGAGUUUUAAAGGUGGGCCAGGAGAUAGAAGUAAGACCUGGUAUUGUUUCCAAGGAUAGUGAAGGAAAACUCAUGUGUAAACCAAUCUUUUCCAAAAUUGUAUCACUUUUUGCGGAGCAUAAUGAUCUGCAAUAUGCUGCUCCAGGCGGUCUUAUUGGAGUUGGAACAAAAAUUGACCCCACUUUGUGCCGGGCUGACAGAAUGGUGGGGCAGGUACUUGGUGCAGUCGGAGCCUUACCUGAGAUAUUCACAGAAUUGGAAAUUUCCUAUUUCCUGCUCAGACGGCUUCUAGGUGUACGCACUGAAGGAGACAAGAAAGCAGCAAAGGUGCAAAAGCUGUCUAAGAAUGAAGUACUCAUGGUGAACAUAGGGUCCCUCUCUACAGGAGGGAGAGUUAGUGCUGUCAAGGCCGAUUUGGGUAAAAUUGUUUUGACCAAUCCAGUGUGCACAGAGGUAGGAGAAAAAAUUGCCCUUAGCCGAAGAGUUGAAAAACACUGGCGUUUAAUUGGUUGGGGUCAGAUAAGAAGAGGAGUGACAAUCAAGCCAACAGUAGAUGAUGACUGACGAACACCAGUUAAAUAAUACAUUUGGAUGGAGUUGGAAGUUGGAAUUUCUCUUAACAACCAAGGAAUUUAUUUUCAAAGCAAUAUUGGGGAAUUUAUUUACAGUUUGUUACCUUAAUAGAUAGCUAUAAGAUUAUUCUCAUGUUUUUGGUUAUGAAGACUUAACUUAGGGACUGAAAUUAAUAUAAAAGUUGGCGUAAUGUUGGAUUGAAUCUAUAUUUUGACAGAAGCAUUCCCAUAUAAUGUCACAAUUAUAUAUCAUGCAGUUUUGUU